UACUCUUUCUCCAUUCCAAUUCCAACCUCAUCAAAUAGACCGCCCAAAAGUCUUGCAAAAUAGAAAAAACAAAGCUUUCCACUUCUCAUUUUUCUCUCCCUAAACCAAUAAAAAUCAAUUCUUGCCAAGUUCUUCCGCAAAUAUGGGCCAAUCCCUCAACAAAUCAGGAAGUGAAGAGAAGGAAGUUGAACCCGUGAUCCUCGAUUACUACGACAAAUACUUCAGCAACACCAAGGAUUGGAAGUGCGCAGAUUUCUAUCAUGCAGUUUGCCAAAUAGUCGAAGAAAUUAACAGAACUAUAGGCCGACCUCAGUUUAAGGUGCAAGAGAAAAGCAAGCUUCAACAAACCUACAAUAAACACAGAGGGGGCGAGGGGACACCAUUGAAAAAGGAACAAUUUCAGAAGAUAUUGCAAGAAGUGAUUCUUGACACAGGGAUUACCAACAUAGCUGGAGCAAAGGAUAUGAUAUUUUACCUGUAUGGAGUGCCGGCUGCAGCCCUGUUCUUAAAGCAACGCUUGGCCCCAAAGCUGAUCCCGAAUGAAGUUCUCAUCCCUGUUGUCACUUCUGCUACAGUUUUCCUUCUCGCAAAGCUCAACAAAUUAUAAUUUCAACAUUGUAAUUUCGAGUUGUGUCCGACAAAAUGAACAAAAAGCACCUUCAAGACCA